ACCUCAAAUGGACAUUUGAAACUCUGACACAAGGACAAUCCUGAACUUCCUUUUGGUUAUUAGUCUAGCUUUGGAUUCAUCACUUUUCUGAAGAUGUUGUGGACAGAUUUUCUAAGAUCACUUAUUUUUCUCAUUGCUACUAUAAUUGCUACGAAUGCUACCAGUGGUUUUGCACCUUACCAUUCAAUACCCAACUAUUUCAGCAUGUACAAUUCAGGAGACAAUCCUCAUUACAGCUCUGGCAAACCCACUGCCAGACACAAAAACCACUGUGCAUAUGUUGUGGAAAAGAGUGUCUCUUACACUGUUCAGGAUGGUGCAGCUCCUUAUGUGAAGGCUGAGUACAAAAAAUGUGACUGGAGGAAGAAGUGUCCAGGACUUAGGUACAGGAUGCUCUACAAGCCAGUUUUUAAAGUGGCAUACAAGACAAUGACUGAGUUAGAGUGGCGCUGUUGUCCUGGAUUCACUGGUGUGGGUUGUAACGUUGGACCUUCUGCUUAUGGAAUGAAAGCAAUGCCCCCCUUCAAGGGUCAAGGGCCAUCACACAAAGGUCCUAUGCCAUCUCAUAAAGAUCUGCAGCCAUCAUUUAAAGGACCUCAAUCUCCGUAUAAAGGCUCUAUGUCACAUUUCAAGGGCCCAAUGCCUGUCUAUAAGGGACGAAUGCCAUCUUAUAAUGAGCAAGUAAAUGGUUAUAAAGGGAGAGUGCCAUCCCAAAAAGGUCCAAAGCCUGUAUUUCAGCACCCAAUGUCCCAACCUAACUAUAAUAGAAACCUCUGGAAUCAACCACUGACCCCAAAUAACAUGAUGCAUGGAUAUCCUGGUCACCAUGCUGCACCACCUUAUCCAGAUACUUCAUUUGAGCCUUAUCAGGAGCCUGAAACAGAUCAUCCUGAUGCAGUGCUGGAACAAGACAAUCCUCUGACUAUAAAUCAAGAUUCUGAAGAUGAUACCAUUUCAGCUGAUCAUGAGCCAAUUACUAACUACCAGGAUCCCAUAACAGAUAACCAACAGUUCAUUCCACAGCCAGAGACAAAGCUGGGCUCUGAAACAAAGGCAUCUUCGGGUGACAGUGGACUAAAUCAGGCUGUUGAAGAAAACCGAGUAGGAGUUGAACGUUUAAAUCAGAUGGAAGAGGAUGUGCAGCGAAUUUCGCUUGGUCUUGAGACACUUCGUGCUAAAGUGAACAGCUUAGAAGACCACCUACUUACAUCACUCAGGGAAGAUGCAAACCGUAUGCUUUCUACCCUUCUCUCUGCACCUCCAGCUCCCAUUGCUGCUCCAUCUCGGGACAUGACUGUUGGUUUUGGAGAUCUGCCUGGAAGUGCACUAGAUAUAGAGGGGUCAGAUGCUGUAGGCCAGUUCCCAAACCUUGGUGAGUUGGCUGAAAAGCUGGCAGAGCUGCGUGCUGAGCUAAUGGCUAAGAACACAGAUCUCAUAGAGUUAAAAAACACAGUGCUAAACCAUGAGGGCACGCUACAGAGCCUGUCUGGACAGGCACUGAACCUAACAGAUUCUCAACAAGCCAUAGAGGCAAUGGUGGAGACCAAACUUAGUAAGGCAGGAGCAGUUGUUCUAGGAGAGUUUGACAAGCGUGUGAAAACUGCAGAGCAACGUUGCAAGGAUAGAGUGAUGGAGGUGCAUCACCAGUGCAAGAAAGACCUAAUGGAAGGUCAGGAACAACUGGAGCAGAUCAUAAAUGGUAGUGUGACAGCCUUAAAAAUUGAGCUCACAAACAUUCAAGCUGAUCUCCAAGUUCCAGAACCUGAAGAUACUUGCUGCAUAGCGAUGUCUGGAAUGACUGAAAGGAUGGUUCUUCUAGAGCAGUCUAUGGAUGGUUUUAACCAGUCCCAUAUGCACCUUCAAGCUGAGCUAAAUGGCCACAAGGACCAUGUAGAAGGUAUGAUAGAAGGGAGACUUGCCUAUGUGGAGUCACUUUUGAAUACAACAGAAAAGAAAAAUGGAAGUGUUGGUGCACAAACAUCUGGUAUUGAAGAAGACUACCUAGAGGAAAAGCUGAAGGAUCUUGAAAUUCGUUUGUUUGCUGUCAUGGAGGAACUAGGUAAUGUUUCAUCUUCAGCUCUGGUUGAAGGUCAAGCAGUGUUAGACACAAAAGUGACAUUCCUAAGAAAGAAGGUAGACAUAGAUCUGGACCUUAUUCAAAAGCAGCUUAACUCCUUUGAACUUAUGUGCAAUUCCUCUUGUGCUCCCCAACCAGUUCUUACAGAAUAUUCUGCACAGCUGCUAACUGUAGAAGAAAAAGACAAGAAAACACAUGACUAUCUUAAUGAGAAGCUCAGAGCACAGACAGAAAGGCUAGACCAUCUGAAUGCGACUCUAAAUUCUUUCCUUGUGCAGCUGACUGAAAGACAACAUGAGAAAGAGCUUGAAGGUGAGGUAACUCUGUUGAAGGUGACCAUGCACUCUGUCAAUAAUAUGCUUUAUGGACUCAAAGAUUCAUUUGGAAAGGUGGUGCAAGAAGUUGGACAAGUUAACCUUACCUGGCAAGAACGAGAGGAGAGGCUAGCACAGCAGGUUAAGGGUGUAGUGCAACUGGUUGGGCGGCAGGCUUCUAUGUUAGGUGCUGGGGAGAGGAGGCUGACCCGUCUGAAAGGCGAGUUACAGGAUCUAAGGAGGAGGCUGGCCUCAGAGCUCAAUGCCUGCCGUUCAACUGCUCUGGGAGUUCAGAAAGAGGUAACUGAUGUAGGGGGACGUGUGGCCCGUGUAGAAGGUCAGUGUGGUGGCUUGUCACGGCUGGCUGAAGACUUGGAUCUGAUCCGAGGAGAACUGGAAAAACAUUCAGAAGGAUAUUUUUCCCAGGUCAACAGCACCCUUGUCAGUCAUUCCCACCAACUGUCUGAGCUUAAAGAUGGACUUAAAAACUGUACUAAGAUCUCUGACUUAACAGGAGACAACUUCAUGGCAGUAACUCAGCUAUGGGAAGAACAACAAACUACUGAACCACCUAAACCUAGAGGAGACCAGUUUAUAGAUCCCACAAAUGUGUAAGAUAACAAAGAACUCAGGAAAGCUACGUAGUAUGAGAAAAUACUUUGAGAGGCUGCUCACACGCCAAGCAGUAUAUUUAAUUAUUUUUUACUAAAUUAAGUUCUGGGUGUCUUGGUAUAGGAGUGUGUAAUACUUAAUACUGGACAUUUAUAUGUGUCUGAA